AUGGCUACUCCCGCGGGUGUUCCACUAGAGCUUCUCUAUCAUAUAACAGAUUAUCUCCACCCCAAGGAUCUAAUAUCGUUAUUAUUCGCAUUUCCUGAAUUUGCAAAUCGGUUGACAUAUCGACGCCUAUCUGCGACCGAUAGACAUCAACGGACAGUUCUACACUUGCUCGCCGAUCCAGAAGUCGGACCUGAUGAGCCGGAGCUCAGGGACAUGAUAAUCACACAUCUCAUACAGUUUAGAGCCAUCCCCGUCAAUAUCCGCGACAUAUAUGGCUACACACCAUUGUGGAUAGCAGCUGAUCGAGGAAACGAAGAGAUGGUAAAGUUACUCCUCGAGACAAAAGACUUGGAACCGGAUAUACCGAGCCUAUCCGGGGUCCUUCCACUUGGACAAGCUGCUAGUCGUGAAAAUGAAGCCAUUGUAAAACAGCUAUUGGCACAUGGUGGUGUUAACCCCAUUCGUGAACAUAGCCCUAACGGCAAGCAGGUCGUAUUAGCUCCGCUUGCGACGGCAGCCAUGGCUGGGCGUGCGGCUAUGGUAAAGUUGAUGCUAGGGCACGUUCCCAGGGAGCAACUGGAACCUACCGCUGCAAUGGCUUUCAAAUACGCUGCGAACUUUAAGCAUAAGGAUGUUAUGGAAGUUAUAAUUAACAGUGUUGGGAAUGUGAAUUUUCAAAUCGAAAAGGGACAGAGCGUGCUGCUGUACACAUACUCCAGAUUCUACAGGGGUAUUGCGAAACAGCUGUUGACGAAGGAUGGUGUUGACGCAGGUUGUAAGGACAACAUUGGUAGAACUUUGCUGAGAAUUGCCGUGGAUCGUGAGGAUACUGAAAUGGUGAAGCUCCUCCUCGCUCGACGGGAUGUGGAGGUUGUUUUCAAGGGUAGCAACGGUUGGACAAACCUGGCAUUGUGUGCUAGCAAUGUAUAUCAUCCUAACAGUGGAGAAAGUUGA